UCGUCUGAUCCCGGCACUUAUUCGCUGGCAAAUAAAACUAACACCACCAUACAAUUCGCACGAUGUUUUCCGCAAUGAUAUGGGGAGUUGGGCAAUGGGUAAGGCCGCGACACGGCAGCAACCAUCUCUUGAGGAGGACCGGUUUCUUUAUGGACCGUCGCGAUCGGUUUCAAACGAUCGUCCACUGUUGUGCACAAACCUGUUCGAUUGGAGCAGCAUUACCAUCAAUACAGCUAUACAAAUACACACACACAUACAGACCUACCAUAAUGCGCGUGUGUGUGUGUGGGGGGGAGUAUGCGUUACACAACUUCUUCCAAAAGCCCAACGGCGGCGGUCUACCUAAUGUGCAAUCGAGCAUAAAUGUGUUCCUCUUCCCUUCCGAAGGGUUCUUUUUUAUGCUCAACCGGAGGUUUUGCAUGCGAAGAGAGUGAGAACAGAUGAACUGUGCGGGCCGGACGUUACCCUUGAUUGGUCGUCCGGAACCGCUCCAAAACUAUGGGAAUGUGCUGUGAGUGUCAACCGAGAACCGAGUAGUGUGGGGUUGAUUGAAUCGUGGAUGGGGGUGGAGGGCCAAACUUCAGCAUUUGAACUUGAAGUCAACCUAAUGUCGGGCGACUGACAGGGCAACGGUUCUGUUUUUGUUUUGAUUUAUAUUGGACUGUCCAACAGUUCGUUAAAGCGUAUGGCUGAGUUCUUUAUUUCGUGGUGGUGAUUCCGUUCAGUUUCAAUUAGUUCCGAGCUCCAUUUUGUUAAACAACAAAGCUAAUUAUUAGGACAAUAACAUGUUUUGUACUGACAUCUGUUGGAGGUCGGGUAUUAUUCUCGCAAUACUUUACCCAACAAAUAUUGCCAUACGUCAGUGGUGGUCACCGUUAAUUGGUUUCUUGAUCUGUAUUUGCGGUCAGCUUUGCUAAUGUGUUUUGUAAGGUACCGCCAGCGAACAAUGUUCCCCGCUGAGUUUAGUUCACACAAUUAAAAAUAAAUUUUGUCUUAGUUUUGCUAAUCUCUUCCUGUGAUUAAUAGCUACCGUACCGUAGAUGCAAGACCUUGAAGACUCUAGGCUGGAGGAGCUGCUGUUAGACGCAUGAUAAACGAGCAAAUAAUUUUGCAUUGCAUAAACCUCAUUUUGGAGGCUUAAGGUAUGCUGUAGUUGCUAAAAGAGUGAUAAAUAAUGCGCUUUAAAUUUGAAGAAAACAAACGCCAUCUCUCUUCAAGCUUUCCUCAAUCGCAGUCUUUUUUAGUUAGGCUUUACUGGAAAGCAUAUUUCGAAGCGGAUACAAUAAAUUGUUAAUCAAGCCUAUAUUUGCAUCUCUACGGCGCAAGUGAAGAAGUUACAUCACGAUCGCGUUUUUGUUGGUGGCUUUUUUUAAUAAACUGACGGGGUGACGGAGUGUAGCGCCCGGCUACUUUCUCCAUUGACCCCUUGACAUCCCCGUCAUCGGUCAGCUUCUGCCUUUGAGACGCCAUGGAACCUGCAUAAUAAUCUACCCGGAUGCAAUAUGACCCUUGCACGAGUUGAGCUUUUACGUUGCCUUCUCUAUCUCUUUCCCACUCUCUCAGUCGCAAUGGCAAUGGUACGACCUGGAAUGUUUUAAUCGACUAGACGGGUUCGUUUGUGUGUGUGUGUCGUAGCUUAAACUCUCGACGACUUAAAGGAGACAGUUGCAGCUGAAACAAUCCCGGUGAAAGAGGUUAUUACACCGUGGAGGUUAACGUUUCCGGCUCCUUUUGCUCUCUCACUCUCGCAGUAUUGUUCGCCUACCGAGACACCGAUCACUUUCCCCGGUUUUUCCCCGGUGGAGCAAGAUUCGAUCGUGUACCCCCCCCAGAUCACCAAGGGGCAUUCGGUGAUGAUGUCUGCAAUUUGUCGUACCCUUUUGUACGCCUGGUGCAAGUCGUCACCGAGCGAGCAUUUGAAAAGCCCUUAAGGCGCCCCGAGCCAUCUCAUCAACAACACCGGGGAAAAAUGGUGGAAAAAGAGAGCGAGUCAAUCGAUGAUCGUCGUCGACUGUAAGAUUUUCAUUUCACAACUCACCUCACCAAUCCAUCAGCUUUUCCAAAUCACCAGCGCAAUCGUCGCCGACGAGUUGGGACAUUGCCCCACACGUUAGGAGAGAAAGUGGCAGCAUUACCAUGAUGGUCCAUCAACUGCUACAAUAACACAACAGCACUGCCAGGAACCUCGGAGGUACUUGUGUCGGAUGUCAUCAUUCAAAUCCUCCUCGCCCGGGGGAAGUUUUUCCCUUUUUUGGGGAAAAAGUGACAAGACGUCUUGGUAGUGUGACGCGCCUAACAACGUUUGCUGCUAUCUGUACGGUGUUCCUCUACGGGGACCCCCUUCAUGUAACACUAACUACAGUGGUAUGUAACCGUUUCCCGUCUUCGCGUACAACACGUCUUUCGUUUUUAUUGCUUGGUACAUUUGUACUCCCGCUAUCUGUUCGCGGUGGCGUUACGACUUCUACCAUAAAACGUGUAGCCUAUCUUGGACGCGCGCUGAUUGAGUGUGCUGCGUGUCCAAUCUUGGUCUCGAGUACCCAGCCAGUUACGUAAACGGAUGUGAGGGCUCAUCAACACCUUCUCCUGCUACCUCCUCGAUCCAUGGCGUGUUUAUCGCGUGGCCCCGGGCCACUGAAUCGGAAGCGUUUAGUUGCGCGUACCUGACACUAUUUCACUUUCCAUUUCCAUUAAUUACCGUGGAUAGGACGAUUAGUGCGAGGGUGAUGUUUGGUUUCGGGGUUGAAUUAGCCACACACACGGUAGUUGGGGGUGGAUAAUGGUAGGCUGUCCAAAUAAUAUGGCGACGCUCGCUUUCGCAUCCGGCAUGGGACUACUGGCAGUUGAUUGUCUGAUGAUCCUCUAGCAAUCAGAAUUAGCGAUUGAGAGUUAUUACUCGCACACUAUUCGAGAUGAAGUUCGUAGUAUCAGAUUAGAACUGCUACUGGAGCUGAUUAGGUAGCUUAUUACCAUUAUCUGAUGUUAGCAACGCAACUGCCGUUUAGCAUGAUUUAGAUUAGAAUAGUUUGUUGUGCGUAAUUGGAGGGCACAUAAUUGGUUUUGGGAAUGUUAUUCUGAACGCUUUGAGGUAAUCAUGUUUAGCUCCUCAUUUUUGCCACGAAUUUUCUAUGCGAUAACGUUCCCACUCAUAUCACGUCUUCGCUUCUGCUUCUUCACCCCUCUGAUUGAUAACCUUUCGUGAGGGUUCAUCAUUUCGCACUGGCUAAAGCUGACGAAUAGGCCGCUCGAUGGUGUGGUGUGUCUAGGCUUAAAUGCAUGCCUACUUCAAGACCGUUCGCGCGUUGUUACCCUUGGCCAAACGAUCGACAAACAUGCACUAUCAAUUUAUAAUUCAACUUGAAGAAAAAAAUCGUGCACUAGAAAGGUCGUUCCGCCGGUGAUGAUGGGCCACCACACGGAUAGGGUUGUUCCCGUAGUUCACCAUGAGUCUCAAAAUAAAACAUCCACUCUCCAAAUUGGGAGAUUAAAGUCCGUGGCCGUUGCGAAUGCGGAACUUUUUGGUGCAGUUUCGGAGUGUGGAUUUUGAUUUGGACAGCGCGAUGUCAUAAUAUUUCUUCACAUUUCACAAUAAAACACUUGCUUUCCUUGCCUCCACUAUUGCUACGCGUUUGAAGGGGAAAAUACGUUGGCCAAUCCGGCUACCUCGUUCGAGUUCAACUUUGCGGGGGGUUUUCGUGUACACGGAGGCGUCCGCAAACUUUGGGCGAUGUUUUGAAACUGUUGGCGUGAAGUUAAAAGAGACGCGUUGAUGCGAACUUUUCAUGAGUCCUGCACGGUGCACCUGAUCCGUUACGAACCGUGUGCAUUGGGGUAAACUUUGUCCACCACAGUUGCUGCAGUCCAGCACGCACUUGGGCGUACGCGCCAUUGUUUUGCUGGUUUUUAUCGCGUCUACUAAUGGGAAUGUUUUUGGAGAGCACACGACGAUACCGUAUAUCGUGUUUCGUAGGCUUCCUGGCCGUGUGUGUGUGUCACAGUUCCAGGUGGUAUAAAUUUUGCUAUAAAGUGAAAAGCUUUCCCGGGCCAGUGGUCAGAGUUCGUUGAGACUGCUUUCACAAUGGACAACGGCGUCCAUAGAUUCUUGCUUUCGGUCAAUCUUGUGCUCCUGCUGGUCUGCUGUCUACCACACCUAACGACGGCCCGUCAUGCUCAAAAAUGUUGUCCACCGAACGAGGUACUGCUCUGGUGCCCUCCAGUCUGUGAACCGACGUGCGACAAUGACUGCGUACCGACGCCAACCGGCAUCCCGAUGGAGACGUGCGUUUGCAAACCAGGAUUCGUGCGCCAUCACGGCCGUUGCAUCGAAAGGUGCGAAUGUCCGGCACCGUCUCCACCAACCGAACCUCCAACCGAAUGUCCACCGACGGCGACGACACCCAAACCUUGCGCCCGUACCUUCCACGGCAUGACGCGUAAUGGUGAAGUGCCACCGGUCAGAACACAUUACCCCCAUCCAUACUCAGCCCACACACAGCCCGGCCCGUACUCCAUGAUGUCGCAGUCGCAGAAUUUGUCUUCCUGCUCUAACUAUCUCUACCGGCCGCCCGUACGACCCUGUCCGCCCAAACCGAUGCGCACCACGACCGUGUCACCGUUCGCCGUGUGUCCACCGAACGAGGUGCAGCAACCUUCUCCAAUCUGUUGCGAGGAAACGUGUACCACAAACUGUGCGGCCGUACUGUGUCCAGCGCAGCCUCCAACAGGCCCACUGGUGUGCACCUGCGACAGUGGAUUUGUGCGGCAUAAGGGUCGUUGCAUACCGCGUAAUGAGUGUCCCGUCGAGGAACCGGUUAAAUUCUGUGGCCCUAAUGCACAUUACAGCCCGUGUACGCCCUGCUGUCAGCAGACCUGCGACAACGAUUGUAGCAAGAUCUUCUGUAUAGCGGCCUGUACCGGUCCUCCGACGUGUGUGUGUAACGAGGGGUAUGUGCUGCACGAGGGUAGAUGCAUACUGCCGUCCGAGUGUCCUCGGAAGUGUCCUCCGACUACGGUAGCUCCACCGCAUAGGUAUUACUACACGGAGAGGCCUUGCACGCCGGUAUGUCCACCCGGUGCAAGCCUACGUCCUUACAAGCCCUGUUGCGUGGACACUUGCACUACGGACUGUCGGCUGGUGCGAUGCACGCAAAGUUUCACCGGUCCACCGACCUGCGUCUGUGACUAUGGGCUAGUGAUGCACAACAAUCGGUGCAUUCCGCGCGACCACUGUCCAACGACGAACGAGCCAAUGUAUUGUGGCUUCGGUGGCAGCAGUCACUCGAACCCGUACUCCUUUCUGAUGGAUGAAUGAAGAAUAUUGUUUUAAUAAAUUAUUGACUUUUUUUUUCUACAACAUUGCAUUCCGUCGUGGUUGGUGUUAUCUUUACCUGUGACACAGUGAAAC